AUGGCAACCCGUACGAAAAGGCGCGCAAGGGAAAAGUUCCGCCUCUUCCGGUACCGCCACUUCCUGGAGACGGAAGCGUUUAUUUUCAUACGGAAAAUGGCGGCUUCUGAACCGGACCGCGCUGUGGACGUGGGCGAGGCCCCGUCCGCGGAGAAACAGGGACCGGAUGUUGAUUUCUGGGCCGGACUCGGGCCCAUAGUGAAGCGGGAGCCGGUGGUUAAGCUCCUGAGUCCGGUGAGCGGGCUGGAGGCGCUGACGUGGUCGGAGGAUCACCGACUCGCCGUGUCCACUGUCAACAGUGUGUCAGUCAUGGAGCUGGUGUGUGAUCAGCGCACACACACACAGGGUAUAGUGCUUCACCGCACUCACAUUCCCGUACCGGAGUCUGUGUGUAAACUGGAGGUUGGCCCGGAGGACAAAGUGCAAUCAGUAAAACAAAAAUUUGAGAACUCUGAAGACCCCUUAGUCAGACAGGAUUUUAUGCUGGACAGAGUUAUGAAUCCUCAGGGCGGGGCUCUGCGUGGAAUAAAGUACACCAGCUGGUCGCCGCUCGGGUGCGACGUGAACGGGCGCAGCAUUCUGGCUUGCCUGACGCUUGACUGUUGCUUAACUGUUCACAGCGGCCACAAGCGACUGCAAUGGACUCAGCUCCUUAACCUCACAGAGAUUUAUGGCGACAUGCUGAAGUCGAGAAACUACUCGAAUGGCGAUGCUUCUGAAACCCCGCUGGAAGAUCUGGAGGAUCUUAAGGAACUUCAGAGUAGGUAUCAGAUGCAGACACCUGUGCGCAUGGAAUGGUCCAGCCUGUGCAACACGCACCAAAUUCAGAGCAAUAACGAGUGCAAGGACGUGGGGACGGUCCUCCUGGCUGUGCUGAUGGAGAACGGGGACUUGGUGGUAUGGCAGUUCUGCUUGCCCGUGCAAGGAAAGGAAUCUGUGGUCUCUUGCAACACUAUUAAAUCAGGAGUGAUGUCACCGAGUGUGUUGGCCUGGUGGGAGUACGAGCACAGUGGACGCAAGAUGAGCGGCUUGAUCGUGGGAAGCACGUUAGGACCGGUUAAAAUAUUGCCUGUGAAUUUGAAGGCAGUGAAGGGAUACUUUACUCUCAGACAGCCAGUAGUAUUGUGGCAGGACACGGAUAACAUCCCAGUGAGUGAUGUCAAAUGCAUCACGCUGUUUCACCCACAGCAGAAGUGUAACUGUAGUUUGGUUGUUGCAGCGCGGGGCCCGUAUGUCUUCUGGUGCUUGUUGCUCAUCUCCAAAGCGGGACUAAAUGUGCACAACUCUCAUGUUACCGGUCUUCACUCGGCACCGAUUAUAUCCUUAAGCGCCGCACGCAGCAAAAGCUCAGUCUUCACCUGCUCACUCGAUGGCACAGUCAAAAAGCUGACGCCAGUGUUUACUGACUCGGCUAUCGUCUUUAAGCAGCAGGAGGUGGAGCUUCCUGAAGGUGUCCGUGGCUGCCGUUUCCACGGCAUCGCCGCCAGCCCAAAUGGCGCCUACCUAGCUCUGGCAACCACGGAAGGCAUGAUCAACGGGUUGCAUCCAGUCGUCCGAACCAACCUGGUGCAGUUCGUCACGCUCAUGACGCCAGACGAAGCAGGGACGGAGCUUCUCGAAUCAGAAACGCAAAGCCUCUACAAGCAAGCUGACCUGCUGGAUCUGGUACGAUGGCGUGUGAUGCAUGACAAACGCGUUCCUCGAUUCAUUCAAGAUGAACUAGAUGAGAAGACGCCCACAUCAAACUCAACAUACCUAUGGAGACUCAAGCUGUUCCUCUUGCGUGUCCUCCACCGGUCCUUGCAGAAGGCGCCGGUAGAGGCACGCUGGAGGCCCACCCAUGAGGACACCAAAGCUUUUCUGCCUGACGAGGUCGAGGGAGACACUGUAGAUGAGAGCAGGACGGGAGCAGACACCUCUGAGAUGAACGAAUCCAAAGCGAAGGAAGCUGAAGGCGAGCCAGAUGAGGAGCGAAUGAGCGAAAUAACAGCAUGGAUCGAGGAGGUGGAGUCGCACCUGACACGUGAGCACAUGAAGAGGGUUCUGGGAGAGGUCUACAUGCACACCCUCAUCGCAGAGAACACAUGCAUCCCCACUAAAGGCAUCUGUGACUUCCUGUCUAGCGAUCCUACAAAUGAAGAUCGAGCUGCCAAGGUUCUGAUUGGUCACAUUAUGAAGAAAAUGAACAAGCAGACGUUUCCCGAGUACUGCAGCCUGUGUAAAGAGGUUCUGCCCUUUACUGACCGUAAGCAGGCUGUGUGCAGUAGUGGACACAUAUGGCUCAGGUGUGUGCGGUCGUAUCAGGUCUGUCAGAGUGUGACGUACCGUCGCUGUCUGCUGCAGGACAGCAUCGCUUCAGUGCCACAGCCUGAGGAUCCAGACUGGGUGAAGAAGAUCUUACAGGGGCCGUGUACGUUCUGUGACUCGCCGCUGCUCUGACACAAUCACCCCUGCCAGUCACAAAGCUGCUGACGGACACCCGAAACCUUACAAACUGUAUAUCACUGUUUAUUUUUUUUACUCUGAUAAUCCAUGGCUCUUAUAUAUACAGUAUAUGUGUGUAUAUCCAUAUAUAUAUAUACAUAUAUGAGCAUCGUGUAUGAAUUGUGAACUAUUUUCUUCUCUAAUGGUUUGUUUUGUCUAGAGCUUAGAAUAGUUUUCAUUCAGUUGAGGUCGGUUGUGUGUACAAAUGGAAACGAUGAGGAAAAAACCUCCAGCACCUAACACAGCUAUACUUUAAAAAAGAAAAAAAAAAUCUAUCGGCUGAAAUUUUUUUGUUUUGUUUGUUUGAGCCUGUGCUACUACAAUUCCUUUUUUUUUUUUUUUUACCACGACUUUCUUUCAGCCUCGUCGUAUGGUUUCGCUUCUUAAUUGGCUUUUGGAAACAUCUCCAUCGGCAUCGUCCUCCGUCUUCACACGAGAACUUUACACGGGCUGCACGGGGAGAGAUUAAAGCCCGCGAGAGACAGAUAUGCAGCAAGAGACAGAGGCAAAAGUGUUUUAAGAGCGCGUUUCUGCGCUUCCCGAGGGAUACGCCUCUAAUGAGCUACCAGAGUAAUGAGGUGCGGAUUCCAGCCACAGAUGUGAUUCUCGUUUUAAUUAAGAAGAGGCGGGGUUAGAGUGCAUAUUGUUAAAUAUAGUUAACCCUCUUUUUAUGGACCGUUGGGAAAUAAAUACAGAAGCCGUACAGUUUGACUCAAGAGCCGCAGAUAUAUCCUUUUCUAUAUUCCUACAGUACUUCAUGGUCAGAGAUGUGAGAUGAUGAAAACUGCUCCAUCUUGUUCCUUCUUAUCCUCUAUAUCAACUACUGAUCCCACCACAAUGCCCUGCUCCGUAUCGGAGGUCAUCGGAGCGGAUCACUUGCCCCAGGGGCUUGGAAGCUCCCCACCUCCCCACCCCCCAAGCGCAUAGAUUUCUUAAAAAAAAAAAAAUACAUAAAAAAAAAUGGUAGGAUACAUUGCAAAUAUUAAAGUUUUGUCGUAAUGUAAUAAUAACAAAGCACUCCUGAUUUGUGUUUCUUGUGUUUUAGCAGUCCCACACAUUUUUCCCACACGAUGGACAAGCAGCACUUGAUUAUGCAAUGCAGAACAAGCACUUUGUGAUCAAAGAGGAGCGAGAACCCAAAGGGAGAACUCGCUGCCGUACCAAAUGCGUCUGUUGUGCGUUAGUGUGCAUUUUGCAAUGUUAAAAUACUCCAGCAUUUUUAUCUCUAACCUACUAUAGCACCCUGCAGGUGUUUCUGCAUGCAGAACUGAUGCUCAUGUCUUUCUUUCUUUUUUAAUUUUUUUAAUAAAUGAGUUUAAGUAAAUGAGUUUAGAUUGUUUCAAAAGACUGAAUUGCAGAAGAAAUUACACCGAAGUUGUCUUUUGACUGAGUUGGGACAAGCCUAAAUGUCACAAUAUGUAAUGUUAAAUGUUCCCCCGCCCCCAACCUGUUAUUUUCUUUCUUGUUAGUAAUGCAGUUUGUUUGUCAAAAAACAUUUGGCGGGGGCGCGUGCCAUGCCGAAAGGUGGAGACCGAUUGUACCGAAAAGGUUAGGCUUGUUUUGGCGAAACCACCUCCGUCUUUAAUAUAAUGAGAUGUCAAAAAGCAUUUGUACAAUAAUUACUACCCCCUCCUCGUUCCUUCCUUUGUGCACACACAGUCAACACUUCAAACGGAUUCUUUUUUUUAAUUUUUUUUUUUUUUACCCCACGCAACAUACACUAUUCAUAGUCUUCACGGUCAUUACUGAACUUUUUUUAAACAGUAAUUUGGAUUCAGUACUUUUGUUAAAGAAUGUAACAGUGAAUUGUGACAGUGUGUUUUAUUUCAGACAUAUUUAUCCACGUGAGAGUCUGCUUUGUUGAGCCAGCAUAUUUGGAUCAUAAUGAAACCUCUCAUCAUACAAGUGAUUGUGCCAAUGUUAGAAAGAAGCUACUGUCGAAUUACGGCGCUAGUGCCAUUUCUUUAUCUUUAUGCUGCUUGUAUACUGUAUGUGCUGUUAUUGUACAAAGGGCACUAUAUAUAUAAAUUUAUAUUAAAGUAUUAAUAUUAUAGUAAAGUGUUACUUGUGUAUAUACAGUGUACUGUGCCAAAGUCAUAAGCCACCCCUCAGUUCUUCAUAUUAAAAUAAAGAAAUGGGAGCAAAUGUUUUUACUGACAGCAAAGUACCUAAAGAUACAAUUUUCAAAAACAGUUUAUGUGACAAUAUCAGCAAAAAUCUCAUUUACCCUCUCGUCGACAUUACCAGUAUACUUGAAUCACCAGUUUGAUCAUCUGUCAUCAUUUGCACCUGUUUC